AUGCAAAAGGCAAUGAAAAGCGCAGAAUAUAUAAAAGCUAAUAAUGACUGGUUAGAUGCCCAAGCCAACGCCAAAGCAGCCCAACUUAUAGGGUCAAUAAGGACAAAAAUACAAGCGGAUGAAGACAGUUCAAAUGAAGCUUUAACGAAUGCUGACUUUAAGAACGCCUUCGAAGCUCUUCAUAGUAAGGUGAAACAAGUGAACGACUUCUCAUCUGGAAAGAAACUGAAGUCUGAAGGUUUCGACAAAGAGUUAAGAGAAGUAGCACAAAAUAUGACGAAAAUAACAGAUGCAGCAACGAGACAGGCAGUUCAAAGUGCCUAUGACGCCGUUAGAGCAACUGUUGUGGAAAGUCAAGAAAAAGAGUUACAACAGACCAAAACAGACCUAGUAAAUGCUUUCUUAAGAACGAAAAGUCAGGUAGGACAUUAUGCUGCAGAUGGAACAUAUGUGCCAGCUGGUGGAACUUAUAUACCAGCUGGUGGAACUUAUAUACUAGCUAGUGGAACUUAUAUACCACCAAACCCUCCAAGAGAAGCACCUGCACCAGGACUACCUAAAACAUUUACAUCGUCACAUGGACACAGACACAGGCAUGCACCAAAACCAACACAACAACCAGCACAACAACCAACAGUUCAAAACACUGCACCACAACCAACAGUUCAAAACACUGCACCACAACCAACACAACAACCAGCACAGCAACAACCACAAACAGAGCAAGGACAUAAAAGAAGUAGAGAACAAGGAAACCAAGAAUUCUUAAAAAUGCUUAAGGAAGACUAUGGUUACCCAGAUACUCUUGACUUUAGUGACAGAUAUAAAGAAGCUAUUAGAAAGUUCAAGGAAGGAAAUACUGACCCGAACCUAUUUAGCUUUAUGGCUCAGCACCAAAUGGGAUAUAAUUUCAAACCUGGAAAAUACAAGCUCGCUAAGGGAUAUGAUUUAAUAGCAUAUCAUCCAAAUGACAUGACUGAAUUUACUCCGAGAUAUUUGGUGUCAGAGCUAAAUGACAAUACAACUCUCUUCAUGAAACGCGUAAAAAAUAGAGACGGAACGAAAGAAGAAAGGUUUAUGAGUCCGAAUGACUUAGAUAGGGAACUUGUUAAAAACGGUCUCGGAAUAUAUGAAAUGCCAGCAGAUGAGGUACAAGAAACUCCACAGGAAGAA